UGUUUGUGGCGUGCUGUGUGUGAGCUCGGUGAUUUCUUUCGAUUUUAUAAUGGAUACUAAUAAGAUACAGCUAAUUGGUGCACCAUGUGGACACCAUGGACAAUAUACAUUCUACAAAGGUUUUAAAUAUAAAAAGAAUGGAAGACAUAAAAUAUUAUCUCUGAGUGAUUUUUUCUUCGUCAAAUUAUGGAGUGAUUCAGACUUAAUUAGCAUUGGAGAAUUGCAACUUCUGUGGAUGGACAAAAAUAGCGAACAAGUGUUGGCAAGUUUGCGACUGUAUUUUCUGCCAGAAAACACACCUGAAGGGAGGAACGACGACCAUGGAGAGGACGAGGUCCUGGCGAUAUCAGAGAAGGUUGUUUUGCGGGUGGAGGACUUGCUGGAUCGAAUCGUGGAAGAUGUCUCGUGGUGCCGGGGACUUGAGGCUGUGUGGGAAAGGAACUGCUUUCUUCAGCCAUCCAGCGAUGAGGCCACGAAGUCACACGGCAAGAUGCUCAUCGACAGCGCCCUCGACUUCCAGGACGUUCUCAAAGAAAGAGAGCAAAUAGCUGAUGAUUUCGACCCGGAAGUCUCCGCAGUCGUGGUGCUCAGUUUCCCGAGGUACUGUCGGUACCGAGGCAUCAUGAAGAGGCUUGAAGGUGUCGCCAACAGGUGGCUGAAGAACGCCUUGGUGAUUGCUCUGGGGGGCUUCGUCGUGCCCUGUCGCAGUACCCGGAUCCUCUUCUGUAAAGAUACCUUCGAUUACCCAGAUCUCGAGGGUCAUGAACUUCUCUGCAACCAUCUUGCACCAAACUUAAAAGGACGGCCUCGAAGGAAACGUAAAAAGCGAAGUUUAUCGCCUGGAGGUUCAGAAUCCAAUGAAUCCGAAGAGUCUUCAUUGUCAACUGUGUCCUCCACCGUGAAGAGCAAACCAACAGGCAGUGGUGGUGGAAGAAAUGGCCUGCGUUGCAACAGUUUGGUUCAGCCACGACGAAGCAGCAGAGUCAAUGCAAGUCCUGAGGAGAAGGAAUUCUUAGUGAAGCUGCAUCGAUUCAUGAAGCUGAGACAGACACCCAUUGGAAGAGUUCCUCAUUUAGGAUUCAAGGAAAUCGACUUGUUUGCUUUCUUCAGUAAAGUCCAAAAGUUAGGUGGCUACAAUGUCGUGACAGCCAAUCGGAUGUGGAAGCCUAUUUAUGAUGAUCUAGGAGGCCAUCAGGGUAGUACUAGUGCUGCCACCUGCACACGACGACAUUAUGAAAGGUUGCUGCUUCCAUAUGAGCGGAGUGUGAAGAGUGAUGAAGGCAAAGAACGGCGACGUUCAAAAUCUGUCAGGAAUGAAGGUGAUAAGGUAUCAGCUUCAAGUGAACGGACAGAGCGCCAUGUGAAACCACCACCUUGUACUGAAACGUCAACUCCAGACAAUAAGAGUGCUCUUCUGAAUGGAGGCCAGAAGGAAAAGGCUGUAGUUCUUGAAGGUAAGACCUCAUCUCUACGAAGUGUUAGAACAAAACCAGACAAGACUAUACUAGACCCAACAGUCAUGCCACGUCCUAAAGACAAAGAAAAUAUUCCCGUAUCAAAUUUAUCAGAAGGAUUGGUGGUAGAAGUGAAACAAGAGCCAGCAAGUGAGGGAAGUGUAAGUGAGAAGCCUUUGCCUGAGUUGAUAGACCUUGUUCCUGAACAAGAUUCUUCUUCAAAAGUUGUCAAAACAUCACCUGUACCUGCACUGAAAAAGCGCAAAUUGGAGAUUCUCAAAGAAGGUGGGUUGGAAGUGACUGCCAUAACACCACCAGUAAUGGCUUCAGCGACUUCAAUAGGGUCAGUUACCAUCACUGCGGAUAGACGACCGUCUGUCAUACAACAUGCUGCCCCAGUCCAGAGUCCUCUACUGGGACAGGUUUCUAUUACCGUGACUCCUGAUGUUACGCACAUGUUGGGGUCACCUCCAACAGAGUCAAACUCAGCUGCCUCAACACCUUCCCCAACUGCUGACUGUGAGCUGCCAAGUCUUCGUCGUACACACGUCAGUGUCCAUGACUUGAAACAUCCAGCACUGCAGCAUUUAUAUACUGGAAGCUUGUCACAUGUCCAUUCUUCAACCCCUAGUCCUAGCAGUACUACUGAUGAGUGGACACCACCACGUGUAACUCAGUCACGUUCAAUAUAUGCUCAUUCAGAGUCAACUGUGUAUGGAAAUCCAAAAGAUGAUAUAGAAUCAUCACCAGGAUCAUUGAAUCGUAGACGGAGCAUUGUUAAGCCUGUGCCCUCCGGUGGUGAAGUCCUGGAUCUACGAGUUUCUAAUUCGCGUAAACCUGCAGUAAGCAUAAGCCGUGUAUCAAGUGUUGUUCAUCCUCAUGCUAGCACAAGGAAUCCCAACAGAUCAUCUCACAAAACCAAUGGCAUAUCUCCAUUCCCCGUUAUAGAUGGGCGGGCAGUGGUAGGCUCCAAUUUGGAAAUAACAAUUGUGGAUGUUCCAAAGCCAUCUCCUUCAUUGCAACAGAGACAGCAGCAGAUGUUGCUUGAACAACACAGAGGUUUGCAGCAUCACCGGAGGUCACUCAGCAUCAAGCCUGCACCAUCAAAUCGUCCACUUUCCAGAAAUGAGAAUGGAAAGCACAACUCCCUGUCGAUUACGCACAUCCCUCCUCAGCGAAACAGCAGCCAUUCUAGUAGCAGUGCUCACCUUGUGAUUCCUAACCCGUACCCUUCAUCCGCUGCAGCAAACAAUCGCAAAAGCCUUAUAAGUGAUGGGUCACGAUCGCGACAGCCGCAUCCAAACACCACUCCACAGUCGCCUCAGUCUGCUACCCCUACUUCAAGCUCAAUGUCUUAUCUUCCUACAGGCUCCCCAGUUUACCCUGGUUACCUCCCUCAGCUGUCUCCAGUGUCAGGAAGUUCCACUGCAAAGAAUCCAUAUCACUUCCCCUUGUUGGAUCCAAUGUACUACCCUGCACUGUAUGGUUCACAUGGUCUCUAUUCUCCCAACAUGGCUGCUGCUGCUGCCGCCGCUGCCUUUCUGUCUCCUCUACAGGUGGCAGCAGCUCCACCGUUAUUCGCACCAUCUGCAGAACAGUUGCAGCUGUACAAGGACCUGAUAUGUCAGAACCACAACAAUCUGCGGUAUGCUCAGCCUGGAGCAAGCUUCUUGGGUUUGCCACGGGAUGGUUCUACAUCAAUAACACCUGUUGGCCAGCCAACACCCACAUCAAAGUGACAGUGUCCAAAUAAUAGUGUUAAGAACCGUAAGUGACUACUGACUACACAUGUUAAGAUCUGUAAUAGCUAACAGUAACAAUAGUGAGCCAGGCCUACAGUUAUAACAAUCAGUUCGUUGUGCCAUACAGUAUUCUCAUCUGAAAACUGUCCCUCUUCCAGCAUUUAUCUAUUUUUGUGAUAGUCCACACCUGCUGUGUGUAAAUAUCUUCAACAUCUUGUAACAUAACGCUGUACAUGUAUGUCAUGAUGUCUGAUAGUGUGUUUGAUACCAAAAGCAGAAAUAAAGUGUACAUAAAGGGUAGUAUAAAUCUGUAUUAUACAAUAAUAGAAAAAACAGGCUUAAAGGGGUACAAACUGGAUACAAAUUGAAUAGAUUCAAAGAGCAUACACACUUUCUGAGAGAUUUAAAACUUGCAAGUAAAAAUUUGCCUUCUAUGAUUCCUUUUUGAUAUUGGUAGAUGGGCAGAAGUUUGUUUUAUCCUAUUCUGGUAGAAGUUAAAGUUUGAAAUGAAGUGAAUAGGGUAAUCUGUUAUGCAAGUGAUCUUUUUCUAGUUGUAACAAAAAAUAAAUAAUUGACCAGGAAGAGAUUUUGUGCCAUACUCAAUAUACUGACUUUUCUCUUCAGGACUUUUUGUUAGAGUGUCCCUCAUUGUUAUGUCCCUUAAAAUGGUUCUCUCUGUUUCUCUUGAACCUCCACAUUUGCUUUCAGGGUCCUUAGUGCACAGAGAUUCUCUCUGUAAGAAUCCCAUUCAGGAUGAGGGAAAUUCUGUGAAUGCAAAUUAGGUGGCUUUUAACAUAACACUAUGGAGGCUGGAUGUAAUUUGAAUCACCACAAAUGUUUGAGUCUGCUUUUUUACAUUUCUAUGCUUGUGUCUCAACUUCUAUUAAAACAUUCGUUUUUAAUCUUAUACUUAAGAAUUUUAUUGUGAUAUGACAAGAAUUAAAAUUUAAUUAGUUUGAAAAAUUGUCUUGAGCUUUCAUAAGCAUGGCCAAAAUUAAUUGCUUACCUUUUAUUUAGAAGUCCUUUGCUACUCAAUGCAAGCUGCUGUUUGUAGCCACAGCAUCUAAUGGAAAUACACUCAUGUUAGUAAACUGUGCUAAUACUUGGCUACAGUUUGAGCCUCAUCAUUGGUGUUGAAAAGCCAGAACCAUGCUAAACAUUAAAUGAAUUAAUAAUUGGUGCAUUGUAAUGCAUUAAAUUAAAGAAUAUGGAAGUGCACUCGAUGAAAUAGACUUUACAGUUCUUUAUGUAAGAAUGAGAUGACAUUUGGCAUGUUUAAAAUACUUGAGUUGCAUGUUUAUUAGUGAUAAGUGUGUAGAAGUUGUUCAGCAUCAGAACUCCAUGUAAUUUACUACACUGUACCCUACCAGGAGCUGGGAUAGCUCAGUUGAUAUAGUGAUUAGACAACUGCCAAGAACCCAGGUUUGAUUUCAGGCAGGGGGCAAAAGAGUUUCUCUUCUACAUAGCAGUUAGACUCACUCUGUAGCCCACCACAGUGGGUACUGAGUGGUGUUUCCCUGGGAGUGAAGUGGCUGGGGCAUGGAGCUGACCUCUCACCUCGAUCUAGUGCUGAGGUUAAAAAUGGAGAAGCUAUACUUCCCUUUCCAUAUACAUCUUCAUGGUGUAGUGCUAAAUUGAUUGAGCAUAGGGAUAACUUUACACUGUACCUCACAUUAACCUUCUUCCUGCCCUUUACCCAUGAGAUGCACAUCUCAUUUACAGAAACAUGCAAUUUCAUCGUCUUGAAAUUUCUUCAGCAUGCUGACAAGAAAAAGUGGGUGGUGUAAAACAAGAAAGUGAUACCAGUAACAAGCAAGAAUAUGCCAAUAUGAUUUUUUUUAAUUUGUAAAAAAAUCAUUUUAUGUGAACUUUUGUCCUUAAUCCAGAUGUGCCUAAAAGUACUGUUACUUAAUUUUUAUUUUCGUAUAUUUCUGUAAUCAUUUGUAAGAAGGAACACAUAUGCGAUUAGCAUAUUUUUUGAACAUAGGUGUCCUAUAUAAAAGAUGUCAGGAAAAUGUGCAAGCACAAACUACUGCAUAAUACAAACUGACAUAUGAAGGCCAUAAAGUUAUGUAGGGUUGUCAGCCCUGUUGCUGGUGGAUUUGUUAUGAAGUAUGUGUUACUUAUCUUCAUUAUCAGAACUAACAUUUGUGUUAGUUGAAAUAUGAACAUUUUAUUCCUUUGCAACAUGGCUGACAGCUAUUGCAGUUAUGACGCUAUGAGAGCUUCAGUUAAUAGAGAACAAAAUAACAUCUCUAAUAGUGCAGUAUAAAGUUACACAGUAACAUACACAGAAAUCACUCCACACAACUUAUGACAUGUCCAUUUUCAUACUCCUUUACUUCCCAUGUUAUAUAACAAAACACUUCAUAUGUAUCCCACAUUUCCUGCAUCAAGUAAAGCAUUUAGCAUGGCAAACUCUACCUCGCCUGCUUCUGUGGGGCUUCAUGAAGUGAUCAGUGCAGACACAUGUCUUGUCUCCAUCUUGACCUUCUGGCAUUCUUCCAGUAGCUCUUCUCGGAGAACUGUUUGCUGUCAAAAUAGAAGUAACAGUCAACUGCUGCAGCUUCUCUCACUGCUAGGCAUUGUGUCUGGCUGUCUCAGAUAAUUGCAUUGGUGAUGAGAUGAUUAUGAAUCUCACUUCCCUGUUCAUAAUGCAUUCUUUGAUGUGGGCAUGGUAUGUACGUACUUAACAGUAAAAUGCCAAUAAAGCACUUCAUUUCUCCUACAGUAAUACUUCCAAACCAAUUGCUCAUAUUGGGAUUUGUAUUAGAUUCUGUCACUCACUUUGCAUUUUGAUUUAAUGCCAUCUGUGUGCAACAUUAGGUACUAAUCACUAAUUGUUUUCUCUUUAUUGGCACUACAUGUUUCAGGUGUACAGCUUGUUGUGAUGAAGGAAUCUGCUGUUCUGUUUCUCUUUAGUUGUUUUGGAUACUUAUGGUCUUUCUGUUUAUGUGGGUUAACCAGCUUGAACUGCAUGUGUUUGCCUAAUGGUUGUGUUGGUUUGUUGGCUGUGGCUGUCUUGAAUGUUCUAGUUGGGGCAGGAGUUUGCUGAAUGGUGGUUGGCCAUUGUCACGCUUAAUUCACACAUACUUUCAUUGAAUAGUGGAAAGGUGUAUUCUGCUGGAGAAGGAUUUUGUUUAGUGGUAUCUUCAGAGUAAUACUCCGCAGACAGUCAGAUAAUGAACUAGCUAUGGUGCUUAGUUUUAUUUAGAGGUCCUGAGUUGACAUCUGAUGAACAGUGUCUGCACAGCUCUGCUUGUGACUGUAGUUGACUCCCUGGGAGAAUAUUUAUAUUUAAAUUGCCUUCGUUCUCAGAAUCUUCAUCAGUGACUUCACACACAUUCACAAGGGGUUGAAGAAUAAUACCAAGUGGCCCUUUUUUUUUGGACGUCCUCCUGUGCUUCUUCAAGGAUAUCCAUAAUUUCAGCAAGAGUUGUGCUUUUAUUCCCAGAAUUACAUUUCUUAAAAUGUAGCCCUACUCUAUAUAAACUGAGAAUGAAGUCAUAAAUAAAGGAAGCUGGUAAUAUUCUAGCAGUACAGUGAAUCAUAUGAAUAUGCGUAUGUUCCUAACAUCCUACAUGUAGGACACAACAGAUAUGAUCAGGUUUUGUGAGAGAGAUAGUGUAGAAAUUUAUGUGAAACAGUACUCUGUUAAUCUCUUGAAGUAACUUAGUAACAUAGUCUUAAGAUUCUAGCAUAACAGGUACACAUUUUGCAUUACCUUUUAUGAGUCACUGCAAAAUUCCUCAAAAAUCACAAAGUAACACAGAGGCACACAGGGCCUUCCAACCUUAGGAAGUGCGACAAAGAGGAGUUGUGGAGAUAGACAAGUCCUGCUUUCUUUGCAGAAACCAGAGCCACCUAUGUAAAUAUAUUAGAACCAGGACAAAAGAUAAAAAUGUAAAUUGUUCUAUGUAUAGGAUGUCAGACAUAUCUAGCUUAGUUGGUAACAGUUUUAUUAUCAUAAACAGUUUGUUGAUUGCACAUGUAAUUUACUUACUCAUUGUAAAAAAAAAUCAGUUUAAUUUCUAAAACCAUCUCUGAAGGUAUUUGAUUAAAAAUAAGAAUUGCAUAGUUCCCAAUCUAUCUGUCCUUUUCUUUGUCUUGGUAGUAUCCAAGUACAGCAGCUAGAAACUGCACAGUUACCUAGACAUGCUACAGCGGCUGUUCAGGUCACUGUGAACCACCUCGAAUCCCUUGAUUGAGAAACAUUUAUUUGUGAUGGAUCCUGCUCAGUCUAAUUUAAUUUUUUAUCCAGUAUCUGACUGUACUCUGUGGUCACUUUUUAAUUAAUUUGUGCUCGUGAGUUUCUUAAUAAUAACUGCAUACCUGUUAGGAAGUUCUCAUCUGUGAACCUGCAGUUUUGGUUUUGCAAAUGUAUGGCAGAACAGGCGUAUGGAAAACAGAUUUAUAAUUUAUUUCAUUUGUUGGAAUUUCUAGGAUUUUGAACAGGCAUUGUCAGGCAUUCUAUAGAAGUGGAACACAACCCAGUUUGGAAACUGGAUCUGUUUCUGCCCUCACCUAAUCUGUAGGGUCCCUUAGAAAGAGUUAACAUCAAUCACUGGACAACCCAUAUCAGUGUAACUACAGUUAUAUAAAUACUUGAGACCAGGCUUUGUCAAUGGGAAGUAAAAGAAAAAUGUACAAAAAAAUGACAAAGCAUGCACAGACUUGAAGCUAGAAUGCUGGAAAUUGAAAGUAACAGGUCAAAGAAAUACAAGGAAUCAGCCCAUAUGGCAUACUUAACCAAUCCAAUCAGCAGCCCAGUUUUUACAUUUCUCUGUUUGGAUCCCUCUUAUCAGCAAUGAGAUUAGCAACUCACAGGGAAGAUCAGCAGGAUCUGACAGAUUCUUCAUGGGUCCCAUAGAAAGACCUAUCCUCAGUCACUGGACAAACUGUGUUCAAAGUUCAAAGUUCAAAGUUAUGUUAUGACCGACAGUCAGUCGGCCAGCGUAUCUAGGAAUAAAGCGACCGUCUGGGGCAUAAGACCAGAUCUUUAUUACUGUAUGACAGGCUUCUUGAUGUGGGGCGCUCUCUUUGAUGAGAAGGGUAAUUCGUUUGCCUGAGUCACACUCAGCAAUAAUAAGUCUGUUUUCAGCAUGUACAGUUUACAUUUUACAAGGCCUCUGUCAGCCCAGGCUAUGUACAACAGCUCAUGCUAUUUGCAUUAAAUGCUAUGACAUUUUUGAGCCUAUGAACUCUUGUGGCCAUUUGCUUCCAUGAGAUUUAAGGCAAUUUUUGUAAUGGCCACUAUAUUAAUCUCCUCUAACACAGCACCAUUAAACUCGGUCAUAAUGUGCAGUACUACAUUACUACUACUUUCAACAUUUUGUCCAGAGGCAAACUGGGCCUGAACUGACCUGUUGUCUGCUGUUCGUGUUGGGGUAAGGCCCCAGGGACCCUGGGUUCCAUUUUGGCGGCCCCUGCCAGUGCCACCCGCUGUUCCUCUCUGUCCUGCCUUGGAGAGCUGCUGCAAAGACACCUGUGGAGUGGUGAGGUUGGAAGGGAAAUAGCCUUCCCAUUGUAAUCAUGGGUGUCCUCUGCAACUUCUUUUUCUGCACAUCAUCCUUUGCAUGUCUGCAGCUCCAAUAAUUGGCAGGAUGGGAAUUUUCUCAGGGCACUCCUUGCACAGGUGACUGCCCCCACAUCCCAAACAGAAGGGAGGUUGCUUGCAGUUUGCGGAGACAUCGGAACUGCUGGAAAUUAUAGCACUGCUUAAGACAAUUCUAAGCUCUAUAUGCCUCAGUCCUGAUUGUAAUGUGACAGAGGCUUUGUAGUCAGAAAAUUUCUUGGGAUUUUGGCAUCCUCAGCAAGUUUAUUAGGAAAAGGGUGACAAUGUACAUAUAUAUUAAUAAUAAUAAUAAUAAUACAUUAAUACAAGAGAAAUGUACAAUAACAAUUUAAUAAAGCAUGCUCAGACGUGAAAUUAAGAUAGAAAAGGAGAUGGAACUUUUAUGCAACAAAGCAAGUCCAUUAAAAAAAAGCAUAGGAUUAUUUGGAGAAUGUUGUAAAACCAAUUUUUGCUUACUGCUAGCAUCAUCUUUGGAGUAAAAACUGAACCCUAAGGACCCAAAUCUUAUAGAAACACAUGAAGGUCUUCCCCGUAAGUUGCUAAUCUCAUUGCUGAUGAGAGGAAUCCAAAUGGGAGAAAUGUCAAAACUGGGCUGCUGAUUGGAUUGGUUAAGCAUGCCAUAUGGGCUGAUUCCUUGUAUUUCUUUGGUCUGUUACUUUCAAUUUCCAGCAUUCUAGCUUCAGGUCUGCGCAUGCUUUGUCAAUUUUUGUACAUUUUCCUUUUACCUCCCAUUGACAAAGCCUGGUCUCAAUUAUUUAUAUAACUGUAGUUAUACGGACAUGGGGUGUCCAGUGAUUGAGGUUAGCUCUUUUUAAGGGACCGAACAGAGUAGGUGUCUCCUCCCCCACCUGAGGAUGGAAACAGAAGCUGUGUUUCCUAGUUCAUUAAAAUGCUGGACAGUGGGGAAAGUCCAAAAACCCAUAAUUCUGAGUGUCAUACAACAUUGUCAGAACUCUUUAGAAUCUAAUUUGUGUUCAAAUGCUGAUGCUGAUAGAAACAUAAAGUUUCUGAACAACAUUCACCCAAAUAUAAGGCAUAAUAAUGUAUACAGUGAGUUUGGCAGAAGAAGUUUCACUUCACAGGAGUGCCAUUUAGAAAAAUGGCUGUAUGCAUGAUAACAUACAUGGUACAUUUUGGGUUGUGGGUGUAUGAUGGUGUUCCAGGUUCUAUGAAUUAGCAUUAGAUUGUCAUGCAGAGUUUGUUGUGCCUUUGAUCGAUCAAUACAACUACAUACUAUGUUUUAUGGUAUAUUAGGCAUAUAUUGCAGUAUAAUAAUUAAUGUGUGGAAUAUAUUUUAUUGGUAGCUCCCUACUUGUAUAUUUUUAUAUUUUGGGGUAAUAUGAACAAUAUUAGAAUCAUAUGCCAUAUUCUGUGGACAUUUUUUGUGGGGGGGAGGUCAUAGAGGGAGCUCUGUGUUCUUGGAUAUUUUAAAUAAAUGAAGAUUACUUAUGAAUGUUCCUUGAAUUUGUUUUUCUUAUAUUAAGACUACUGUUCUGGGAUGUGACAUCAUGUAAUAUGUUUCAGAGGGAUCUGCUGCCUCAUUCUCCAGGUAGAAGAAGAUUCCCUCUGAAAGUGGAGGCAGCAGGUUUUUCUGAUACAUUUUACUUGUAGUCAUCACUGUGAGAACAUCAAAUCUGAAUAUUUGGAAGAUUUACAUUAUGUUGUAUUUUAGCGUCCUGUUGCACUGAUUCUCAUCCAUGAUAUGUAUGUAAUGGCCGUCUUGUAGU